AAUUACAAAGUUAUACAAAAAAAUCAUAGUAACGUGUCCAAUUCAUUCCCUUUCGUCACUUCUCACGUUUUCAUUUUGUCACUCAAAAGCUUUUUGCUUUUCAUUUUCUCUUCUCUACUAUUUCUCAGUUCACCGAAUCUCUCUCCCACACACUUCUCUUUUUAUAUUUAUAAAUAUAUCCCACAAAUUAGAAACCCCACAAACUCAUAGAUAAAUGAGUUUACUGUACAGUUGUUGGUGCAGUUGAUCUUUCAACCUUUUUUUUUUUACUUACAGAUUUUGAUAAAGGGAAGUGAACCCAUUUGUUGGGUGCUGAUUGGAGUUGUUUUUUAUGAUAAUCUACGAUCUAAAGGUUUGGUAUUAAUCAGAUUUCGAUUUGGGUAUUGUUAGUUUUUUUUUUUUUUUCUUUCUUUCUUUUUUUUUUUUUUUUUUUUUGUGUGUGGAGAUUAUAUGAUAUGUGUUUAUGUGCAUGACAUGGAGUGGCUGAUUAAAACAUUAGGAUUGGAUUGGACACGUUGUUUAUGUUGUUUUGUUUGAAGAAAUUCAUGUUGGUUAUGUAAAAGGGUGCAAUAUAUAAAAUUUUUAUACACAAAUAUUAUUGCUGGGGUUGUUUUUGUAAGUAAGUUUUGGAAUUUUGAUGUAUUGGGUGGAGAAAGUUUUUGUUUGGUAAUGGAUCAGGAGGAGGGUAAGUUACCGGGUCGGUUUGAUCCGGGGACGAGUGUGAAGAAUCCGAGAAUUUUGGGUAAUGGGGUGGUGUCUGAGGCCGUGAAUUUAGUGAAUUCAGAAGAGAGUGAUACUGUGUGUAAUUGUAAUGAAAAUAAGGGUUUGGAAGUAUUGGGUGGUGAUUUGGGAUUGAGUGAGGUACAAAUAAAAGGGCAUGAGCAAGUGCUCAAUCUGGAGGUGAUUGAUCAUGGCGGUGGCAGUGAGGUACUCAGUCGAGUUGAUCAAGUAACGAGUGAGACAUCGAUCAAUUCGGUUGGUGGGGCUGCAUCUGAGACUGUGGUUGUUAUUAAUUCGGAUGAGGAUCUGCGUGUUAGUAGAGAUGAAAAGGGAUCCGGAGCAAAAAGUAAUGAAUUGGGGUCGAGUAAGGUACCCACAAAAGAGGUGAAGAAAAGGGUGUUUGAGUUGGAGAAGAGUUCGUGCGUAAUUGAUGUGAAGUGUGGCAGUGGUAAAGGGUUUGCUGAGGAUUGGGAUGGGGAAAGGGUUUGUAGGAUUUGCCAUUUGAGUUCUGAGCAAUCAUCAGAUGCAACGACAUCAGUCACUGAUAAUGCUACUGUUGGUAUUAUGGAGGAUUUAAUUCAGCUUGGUUGUGGGUGUAAAGAUGAGCUAGGCAUUGCACAUAACCAGUGUGCCGAGGCAUGGUUUAAACUAAGAGGGAACAGAUUGUGUGAAAUUUGUGGGGAGAUUGCCAAAAAUAUUACUGGUAUUGGGGAUAAUGGAUUUAUGGAGGAAUGGAAUGAAAGUAGAUAUACAGGUGUCAGCAGUAAUUCCUCAGACAGGAGUGGAGGAUGUUGGCGGGGACAGCCAUUUUGUAAUUUCUUGAUGGCAUGCCUGGUAAUAGCUUUUGUACUUCCAUGGUUUUUUCGUGUAAAUAUGUUCUAGUAUAUGGGUUUGAAUAAAAUUAAGAGGUUCUUCCUGUGCAUCA